AUGGCACUGCCACCGACAUGUCCAAGAUGUGAGCUGGACAGUGAAACUGUCCGGCACGUCUUUGUCCAUUGUCGGAAGCUUUUGGGCUUGAUGAUUUACGUCGAACAUGUGUUGUCACAUCUGGGACGAGUACAGCUGUCGGCUGGAUCUGUAAUAAAGAUGAUACAGCCAACUGCACUCUCGAAUGAAGAACUCUGUGAAAUUCCUGAAAAUAUUAAAUUUUGUAAAAACUUGCAAGUCUUUGAUCUCAGUAGCAAUCCACUGCCAAGACUUCCUGAAGGUUUGACACAGCUAAGAAAUUUAACGCAUUUAGGGCUUAAUGACCUGGCAAUAAUCCGUUUACCUGCUGACCUUGGAGGCCUUUGCAACUUGGUCUCCUUGGAAGUAAGAGAGAACUUGUUAAAGACAUUACCACCAUCACUAGCCCAGUUAAGUAAGCUUGAGAAUCUUGAUCUCGGCAGCAAUGAAAUUGAAAUUUUGCCAGAAACAAUUGGUGACUUAAAUAGUUUACAAGAGCUCUGGCUUGAUUGUAAUAAUCUUAUCCAGUUACCUCGAGAGUUGGGCCAGCUCAAGAAACUUGCCCAGUUAGAUGUGUCAGAGAACCAUUUAGAAUUCCUGCCAGAGGAGAUUGGGGGAUGCCAUAAUAUGACAGAUUUGUGCCUUUCUCAGAAUAAUUUAGAGACAUUACCUGAAGGGAUUGGUUUCUUAAAGAAGCUGUCAAUUCUGAAAUGUGACCAGAACAGACUUGCAACAUUAACUGCACAGAUAGGAAAUUGUGAAUCUCUCCAAGAAAUGAUUCUGACUGAGAAUUUCUUGACUGAACUGCCAAUAACCAUUGGGAAAUUGGGAAAUAUGAACAAUCUCAAUGUAGACCGCAACCGUCUGACAGAUAUUCCUAUAGAGAUUGGAAAAUGUUCCAAACUUGGGGUUUUAUCUCUGCGAGAUAACCGCUUGCUUCGACUUCCCCAAGAAUUGGGCAAUUUGAAGGAACUUCAUGUCAUGGAUGUUUCAGGAAACAGGUUGGAGUAUUUACCUUUCACAGUUGCUAACCUGAACCUAAGUGCAUUAUGGCUGUCAGAAAAUCAAGCGCAACCAAUGGUCAAAUUUCAGACUGAAUUUGAUGAACGUACUGGUCAAAAAGUUCUCACAUGUUUCCUUCUUCCCCAACAGGCUUUCCAUACGGAGAGCAUGGAAAAUCUUCUCCGUGGAAGCAUUGCAACAGAUCAGGACAGUCGAUCCAGUUGGCCUGAGCGUAGCCGUGGUAGUGUGGUACAUUUUCCAGAUAGUGAAUGUUCUGAUGAUGAAGAUAGUCCUUCUGAGGGUCACCUAAGGCGACAUGGCACACCUCAUCCCCGCGAACUGAAGAAUAGACAUGCUAAGCUGCUGAAAAAAGAAAUUGAUGGUCAUGUUAUACCACAUGAAAAGGACAAAAAGGACCAAUCCUUCAUGCCACAAAGGGAUCCACGCUGGCUAGAAGCUUCUGAUGAUUCUGGUUAUUUAGAGAAAAAGAGUUUACCUCAACCUACUUAUACCAUACCUCCAAAAGAAAACAAUAUAUCUAAGCAAGUUGGGGAACAAAGUUAUGUCUCUGUGCCAUAUAUGUCUACAAAGCCUGAAGAACCAGAAGAAUUAAUCAAACUUGAGCCAGAAGAAGUUGAAGAUACUAUACCGAAGGAAUGUCAACCUCUUUUGCUUUCUGAAACUUUAGUUUAUCCAGAGGCCAUUAGAAAACCUCCACAGAUGCUAACACCAGGUGACUCUGAUGACAUAGAUUCCUCUUCGGUUGAAAGACCAGCUACUAAUUUAGAAUCUGAUGGAGGUUUUGCUGAAAAUGAACAAGAAAAUGGUGAUAUUGGAAAUUCAGAAAAUGAUUAUGCUGAUGAUGAGCAGGUAGAUCCCCACCGCAGGCGUGUCAUUUUCCCCCCUGAAAUUGAGGAGCAGCCUGAGAAAGAAAAUAAACUACGCCGCCGGGACACGCCACACCACUUAAAGAACAAGCGUAUCAACGUGAUGUCCUCGAAAGAUGAAGCUGAUCAGGUGCGCGAAAUCCUAGCCCAGGCAGCUGCAACUGCCAAAAUGGAAAAAAUGGAGGAGAAAUCCAUCCUUAAGGAAUCCAUGUCUGAAGCAAAUGAGAGCUCAUUACUAAAGGAUGUUGCUGAAGAAGAAGUUUCUCUGCAUGUGUCACGAGCCGUUGGUCAAGGAUUAGGUAUCAGCAUAGCUGGAGGGAAAGGUUCUACACCAUACAAAGGCAAUGAUGAGAGCGUUUUUAUAUCAAGAGUUGCAGAAUCUGGUCCAGCAGCCCUAUGUGGUGUCUGUGUUGGUGAUAAACUUAUUUCUGUGAAUGGCUUUAACCUAGUUGAUGCUGACCAUUAUGAAGCUGUUGAAGUACUUAAAAACAGUGGUUAUGAUAUUACACUAGUAGUAGCAAGAGAGAAACCUGUAUCCCGUCCAGAAAACAAUGUGGCCGAGGAAGAAACAAACACUGGUAUUGCUACAGUGAGCUUUACAAAAGAACCAGAAAUGGAGGUUUAUGGUGAGACAAUAUCUACAUCACUUAUUCGAGAUAAGAGUGGUCUUGGUUUUAGCAUAGCUGGAGGUAGAGACUCUGAUUCCUUCAAGACUAAUGACCAUCAGUUUUCUUCUUUCCUGGAGGCUAUCUAUAUUUCACGGAUUAUUGAUGGAGCUGCUGCCCACAGGGAUGGAAAUUUGUUCGUGGGAGAUCGCAUCCUCUCGAUCAAUGGUAUUGAUAUGCAAGAUGCACGCCAUGACCAAGCUGUAGCCUUGCUGACAGGAAGUGAUAAAGAAAUAAAACUUGUUGUCUACCGUGAAAGAGUAGUUCCCAAAGGUGCGAAUGUGAGCAUGGAAAGCACUGGAUCGGUACAGAAGUUACCACAAAUGACACAACCACGUAUCACUUGGACAUCACAGCCUGCUGCAGAUAUAUCUUUGCCAUCAGUUUCAUCUGGCUACAACAAUCAGCCUAUGGUUCUUAAAGAACCAAGCAGCAUUCAUGCAGAGCCUGCUUCUGCAACUCCUCAUUUAUACAAGCCUUCUAUAUCAACUUCUACAGUUCCUACUGCUACUAUUACUUCUACUACUACUACUGUUACCAAUCAACAGGCCUCCCCAGCUCUCCAAACCAUCAGACACUCGUCACACUCACCAAAUAUUUCUUCUGCUUGCACAUCUCCAUCUUUUCGAACUUUGUCAUCUGACUGGACAACUCCACCACCCACAAUCCAGCCACCACGCUUCCAUUACCCAGGUUAUAGUAAGUCUCCUACAGUAGCUACAAAAUUUACAAGCAAUGAACAAAAAGAAUCUUUUAUGCAAACCAAAUCUUCUUCAGCAAGUGUUUAUCAGUCUCCUGUGAAAUCUAGUGCUGACUCCCGGGCCAGCACAAGCAGUGUUAGCACCAGAGCAGGGCUCCCAACAGUAUCUGGGAGCAGCUCAAUCCCACUGCUUACUUCACGUGACCGGCUACCUAGGGCUAAUUUGAACCAUGAAGAAUCGCAUGCUUAUCCAGUUGAGAAAAUCACAUUUAGCACUUAUGGUGGCCCCUUAGGACUCAGUAUUGUUGGUGGCACAGACCAUUCAUGUCUUCCUUUUGGAAAUGAUAAUCCUGGCAUUUUUAUUUCAAAGAUUGAGAAAGAUGGAAUUGCUGCCAGCACAAAUCUUAAAUUUGGUGAUAGAAUUCUUUCUGUGAACAAUACUGAUCUAACCAAAGCAACACACCAGGAAGCUGUAAUGGCAUUGAUCAAACCUUGCAAUCAGAUGACACUGGAAGUGGUACAUGAACCCCCACUGCUAGGUCUACAUAAAUACACAAUAAGCAAACAUCCUGAUGAAAAGUUGGGUCUCCGAAUUCGUGGUGGUGCCCUCACCUAUGCAGAUAACACUACAAACAGGACAGAUGAUGGAAUAUUUAUUUCCAAUAUUGCACCUGAUGGAGCUGUAGCAAGACAUGGCCAGUUAAGUGUUGGACAAAGAAUAUUGCAAGUGAAUGACCAAAGUUUACUUGGCACCAGUCAUGCAGAAGCUGUGCAAACCUUACGGAGUGUCAGUGAUGAAAUCGAGAUUCUUGUCUGCAGUGGUCAUUCUGAAGAAAAGAUACUGCCAGACAUUACUCCCUCUCCUCUUACACCUGUGUUGUACAAACCUGAUUCCAAUUCUAUCUCAAACAUCAGCAGCCAAAAAAGUGAUGACCCUCUUGUCAGCUCACAGUUAUCAGAACAGCAACAGAUGCCACAGACACAGCUGAGGAACGAAAUCAUUGAUCAAACCAUUCCUCCAGUAGAAAGUGUUACUCUAGAAACUGCCUCUGUAACCCUUAGAAUGCCAGAUGUUGGUCCCAUUAUUCAAAGGGCACCAUUUCCUAAUUUAGAACCUGAUAGUUUGACAAAGGAAAAUAGAGAAAACACAUUAGAACAACACCAAACUGAUCUGAGCCCUUCUAAGUCUCAAAUACCUGUUCACACCAAACUAGCACCAGGAACCAAACCUCCAAUUCCUAUCAAAAGAAAGUCACUCACAUUACUGUCCAAAACUGCUGUAAACUCUGAAAUUCCUGUAAAGAAGUGUGAUACACUAAGCAGCACUUACAAUUCCAAUGAUAUAAAUGUAGACCACAAACCUCUAGCCUUCAGCCAAGAUGCACUGCUGGCCUCCACAUUACCUAUUGUGCACCCUGACACUAUUCAGACAUUUGAAAAUGCCCAACAGUUACAUGAUAAUUCAUUGCAAAAUAUGAAGUCUGAAAAACCUACUGAAGGAAUGUCUUUCACUGAAAAACAGAAAUACUUUGAAAGAGAGAUACAACAUCAAGCUUCAGGUGUUCCACGGCAACCAACAAAGCAGUUCAGUUACCUAUCAGAACAUGAAGUAGCUCGUAUGAAACAAUAUGAAGAACAAAAAGCUUCCAAUAUGUCACAUGAGGAACUUCUGGAAUAUAUGUCACCUUACCAAGAGACAGAAUAUAAUCAAGUUCUUGCUAGUAAAACCACUCCACCAGCUGGCAGUGUUCGGACACUCAAAGCUGAAAAACGGCUGGUGCCACAGAAAAUAUCCGAUUCCAACAAUGUUGACACUUCUGGAGACAAUUUAACUACAGAUGAAAGAGCUCGUGAGGCAGAGAAACGAGCUGCAUGGCGGAAAGCCAGAAUGAAAUCUUUAGAAGCUGACACCCUGAAGGCAAAGGCUGUGAUUGAGAGAGCUAAUGAAUUAUCUCAAAAUAUUUUGAGUCAAGACCCAAAAUACAAAGUCAAUCCACUUUCCACCAUAGAUAUUGCAUAUGCUGAUGCUGAUUCUUCAGAAGAGUCUAGCAGUACUCAGAAUGGUGAUGGUAAUCACAUGUCAACCACAGAAUCUGAGACACUUAUUCAACAAGUGCUACCUCGGGGUCAGUUAACUGUCCAAAAAGGGAGAGGAGACACUACUAUACGCAGGUCAACCCACAUGAUUGAUCAGAAAGUGUCAGAACUCACUGAAGAGGUUUUUGAUGAAAAUUUAGGGAAACCUGUCUUAAAAACAUAUAGAAUUACUGAAAAAACAUUAGAGCAUGAGGUUGAAGUCACAAAGCAACAGAUUUACAAAUUGAAAUUAAGUGAUGAUCAAUAUGUACAGUCUAAGCAGCAGUGACAGUAAAUAUUAGGUUUUGACUGAAGCCACUGACCAUGAAAAUCAACAGUGCAAACCUCAAGGUGCCUCAUUUCUUAUUAUCAAACUGGGCUGAUACUGCAAACUCUUUAAAGUUGUCCUUUCUACAGCUUUCUUCUGUCACUGCCUUCUCUUGCUAAAAUCUGGCUACUGCCAUAAGGCAUUUAAAAGUGCCUUGUGGCUGUUUAAACUGUUUGUAAAUUUAACCAAAUCUCUUCAAAAAGUUUAUAAUUUGAUUUACAAAAUGUGAAGACAAACAAUUGCUGGGACUUACCAGCACAUCUUGACAAUUUUAUGGUCUGCAAACAUCACUUUGGUCCCAUUCUUCUGUUUUUGUGUGAUACACUUGUUACCAUUAAACAAUUUCUGAACUCCUUAAUCUUUUGAAUACAAAAAGUAAACUUUAUAUUACAAAGAAACAAGAAAAAGAAAAAAAAAAUUAUUUUUAAUUGUAAAAUAGUAAAUGGCUUUAUCUCAAAGAUUUUAAAAUUUCCUGAAAUUAAGACGAUCUCAAAUAAAAUGGAAAAUUUAUAUUUUAAUUGAGAAUCAUCUAAAAGGUAAAUCAUUUUUUAAUUCCAUCUUUGGAUUUUAAAAAUUUUAUUUUUACUCUUUUGGGAGUGGGGGAAAUAAAUUUAUUUAUCAAGAUGUUGGUCAGCAUGGUAAAUAUAUGUGGGAAGCAGGGAAUUCUGGUAGUCUUCCAGUUGGAUUGAGGAUUAGAAAGAAAACAUUCAGAAAUUAGCUUUAUUUUAAUAAACGUAUACUUAGACUAAACAUUAAAAUUUAAUUGCAUGUCACAUGCACACAUAUGUUAGUUUAAUGUUUUUAUAGUCAGACAACAGAUUGACUUUUCUCCCCCUUUUAUUUCCCUAUUAAAUUUAAUUAUUCUUCUAUAGUAGAAAAUCAAAACAGUCCACUUUCUAUAACUUGAGUAACCAGCCUGUAAUAUAAAGGAGGCUACUAACCAGCUGCUGUCAUUUUUAAUACAAAUAUAUCUUUUUUUAAUUACAUGCAUUAAAUAUUUUUACAAUUUUUAUAAACAUUCUAAGCUAUAUUUGGUUGAAGGACUCAAGGGUUGAACUACCAACCAGAUACACUACUCCAAAUAACCCAGUGUAUUUGAUUGAGAGUACUGCCAAAAUUUGCAAGAUUGGUGUUUUGUCUAGAGUGAGUGAAUGAAAUAGAAGUCAUCUAAUGUGUUCCAUAACAAUUAAACAGUGUUGAUUAGCAUCCCUAACUACUGCUAUACAUUGACACUAAUAAAGUUUGUACUUCUUACAAAAUUCUAAAUGGCACCAUUUUUAUAUGCCACAUAUUUCACUCCCUAUCUGACUAAAUUCUACAUGAUCUUUGUCACACACAACUUUACAAAAGUCUAGAUAAUCUGCUGAGAGUAGGUAUCACUAUGAAUUUUUGAAAAUAUUAAAAUCUAUCUUCUACUGUACAUUUUUUUGGAGAGCAUCUGAAAAGAAACAUUUUGAUGCCUCAUUUGUGAAAUUUGGAUGAAUAUUUUAGGAAAUACGACAAUUUGAAUGGUCAGCAAAUUGGUUGAAAUUUUGCCUAAUUGGUCUAAAUGAAUAAUUAGCCAUAUUUGUGAUGUCAUAUUUUUGAAACUGAGGUGAUAAUCAUUUUCAAAUUACACAAAUUAAUGGUGACCACAGGAUAGCAGUUCCCUAUUAUUUUCAGGUUCUUGAAAACGAAACGUUUUUUUAGCAACUUUCAAAAUAUUUAUUCAAAGUCUAUUUGUUGCAUAUAACAAACAGUUGAUUUCACGGUGAUCCAAAAGUACAAGUCACAGGGACUUGAGUCUUGUAAUAGGUAUAGAAUUAUAGAAAUACUGAGAUUUGGGACAUGAUACCAUUUCAAUAAAAUUUUAAUAGACUAUUAAAAGUGGCUAUAAACAGCAGAGUUUUGGAUCACGACACUCACAUAAGUUGGGGUUUUUUUCAAUUUUUUUGCCACUAUAGCCUUGGAAAUGAUGGGGGAGAGAGGAAAGCUUUUUAUGAAAAAAACUUUGGGAAAUUUAUGAUUUAUUUCACCUCUUCUCCUUCACCCACCCUGGACUGAUUUUGGCCAGUUUUUUUUUAUGCACUAUGCACUUAAGAAAAA